AUGUCUACUGUUUUUAUUCAACCAUUAAAGGAGAAUUAUGAAUCAUUUUUUAAGAAUAAUCAAAACAAAGAAACGACACAAAAGAUAUCUAUAAUAAAUCUUUCACAUAUAUUGGAAAUACCAUUGGAACUAUUGGAUACUACACAUUAUACAACAGCUACUACUAUCUUAUAUAAUCAAUUGCUUAAUGAUACUAUGAAUAAUGAAAGCCAUCUUUUUUGGCAUACACAAACUACAGAUACUACACCAUGUAUUCAGGAUGAUACAAUGAUUCCAAACAAGAAAAAGCUUGUAAAUAGAACAAUAGUGACUCAUAGUUUUGCAAAUAGAAAAAAAUCAAUAGCUAAACAUCGAAAAUCAAUUCUGUCUAAUUCUUUUACUGCUGAAGAUGAGAAUCAUUGUAUUGAUGAAAUAAUUCGUAGUGAUAGGGAAGCCACGUUAGCUGCCUUGGAAAGAGGUCGCGUUAAAAAUAGACACAUUGGCUCUAUGACGUUUUAUAAUGAGGAGGCUCUUGUACUACGAAAUGAGAAGCAGGAGAAGGAGGAGGAGGAGGAGGAAGAAGAAGAAGAGAGGAUGCCAUGGAAGUACCAAGAGGAGUUGAAUCAUUCAAAGGAGGAUCAUGUUAAAGAACGAAACAUCAACAAAGGGUACCAAAAGUUGAUGAAUAAUUCUACUCAAAACAAUUCACUUCUUAAUGGUGAGGAUGUUGACACAACUAUUACGGAGAAAAAUAGGGUACAUCAUGUUUUAUAUUUUUCAAAAAAUCAUGAUAAAACAACAACUGUAUUAUCUAUUGGAAGGAAUUCAGCCGCAUCACAAAAGGAGAAGGGGCUUAUAAAAUGUAAACAUAAUAAUAAUAAUAAUAGCUCACAAAUGACUCCAAUACAGCUGGAUGAAAUAAAUGAGAAGGGCAUGACUAACUGUAUAGAUUCUGCCAUUGAUUUACAUUCAACUGCCGUGAAAGAUGAAGAAAAUGCUUUACAACAAGUGUCAACAGCAAAGGCUUCUAACUUGCUAUCCUUUGAAUCUUCCUCAUUACCUCCUCCUCAUCAUCAUCAUCAUAAUACAGAUGAUACUUUUUCUUCUUCUCCAUAUUAUACUUUAGAUAAGAGUAGCAACCCUUCCAAUAAAGAUAUUUCAAUAUCAACAACAACGAAAAAGAAAGUUUCCGUUUGGUUAUCUAAAAAAAUUUUCCAAACUAAUACAACGAAUAGACAUGAAUCACACACAAAGUUAAACUCUUCUGAUACUCUAUCUGAAAAUAAAACCACCACUUCUACCAUCAGCACUACUCAAGUCCAGCAACAAGAAAAGUUUAAUAUCUCUUUCUUAUUCUUUGGAAGAAAGUUAAGCUCCAAAAGAAAACAUGCCAUCAGCAAUAAGAAAUCAUUCAAGAAAUCACCUACGAUGAGCCAAGAAUUUGAAACUUCGUCCAUCACUUCUUCUUCUUCCUGUCAAGGUUCUAAAGAUACUCAACUGAAUAGUUUUAAUUAUACUCGACUUCCAAUUCAUACAGAGAGAGCUAUCUAUCGUCUCUCCCACUUAAAGUUGACUAAUUCUAAACGUCCUCUUCGAGAUCAAGUUGUUAUUUCAAAUUUAAUGUUCUGGUAUUUAUCCAUCAUUCAUCACAACAUAGUCAUCAACUCGCAGGCUGGUAAUAAGGACUUUAAUAAUAUGAGUCAUAUCGAUUUAGCAGAUAAUAGGAAAAGAUUGUAUCGAUCUUAUGUAAAGCAACAACAAUCUACUAUCAAGCGCAAUAAUAAUAACAAGUGUCGAAAAUUAGUAUCCAUCAACAAGAGAGAUACAACUCUGUAUCAACCGAUGUUAACAAGAAAACCUAUUGAUGAUCAACAGCAACUCUCUACACAUAAAGGACUUGAUUAUCAGCAGCAGCAGCAGCAGCAGCAACAACAACAACAACAACAACAAAGGAAAGGGAAAAGAAUGGGCGAUGGUUAUCGACAACUACAGCUUGAGAUGACGAGAUACGACUCUAUUAGUUUCUUAUCGGAUGAUGAUGAUGAAGAAGAAGAAGAAGAUGAUGAUGAUGUGAGUGAUAAUUCUGAAGAAAAUAGUGAUGAUGAGAAUGGCCAUCUUUUUUAUUCUUCUUCAGAAGAAGAGGAAGAAGAAGGCUUUAAAAAGAAGAAUGUUAAAAAGUAUUCAUUCUUUAAAAAGUAUUCCGGGAAAAAGAAUAAAUUACAACAACAACAACAACAAAUAUCAACACUAGAUUGGCAGUCAUCUUAUAAACAACAAAAUGAAAUAAGCAUGACUAUUAUGAAUGAAGAUGAGGACGAUAUACCAUUAGCCAUGUACCAACAAAAAGGAAAGAAAAAACGAUAA